AUGGACUAGGAACCGAGUUGGAACCAGAAAACGCAGCGAACAUUUUCGAGCAGCUCGCCAACGAUGGCCACAGCGACAGCCAGUUCUCGAUUGGAGAGUGCUACUACGAUGGCAACGGGCGAUCGAGGGACAAAGCGAAAGCAAUCCGAUGGCACGAAAGCUCCGCCAACCAGGGUAAUUCAUAUGGCCAGUGGAUGGUUGGGUGGUGCCGUUCCUUUGAACACCAAGUGCCCGAGGGCAGCACCAUAUCAGCCGAGUGGUAUCGCAAGUCGGCCGAGCAAGGCAAUCGAUAUGGACAGUUCUAUUUUGGCGAGUGUCUCCAAUUUGGUUACGGUAUCGACCGAGACAUCGACGCCGCCAUCGUCUGGUAUCGCAAGUCUGCAGAGCAGGAAUUUCAACUUGCCAUCGACAUCCUUGAGAGCCUUGGAAAUUAGAACUACACUCGGUUCAGAAAGAAACGGGACAGUCAUUUUCUGGCUUCAGAGGUGGAUGAACUGCUCGAAAUACUUGGCGAACCGGAGUCUCCGUGGGCUGGAUGCAUAUCCCUUCCCUUGCUUCCAUGAGGCAUUUCCAAAGACAAUCACAAAGUCGGUCUCCCUUGGACAUACUGUUAGGCCAUGAGU